AUGGAGCAUGAGCGGCUAGAGAAGCUGGAAUUCCUGUUGAAGAAGCGGUUACAAAAGGAUCAAAAAGUUUUGCUCAAGGUAAUCUACACUGGCCUUAUUAGCAACACCCUAGGUGGACUGUACCAAGCCACUUAUACACACACGGAUGGGACCACCAAGAUUGCUGCAGCCUCUCAAAUGGAACCAACAGAUGCCCGUCGAAUGGUGCCAUGUCUAGACGAACCAAACUAUAAAGCUAAUUGGACAGUCACUGUGAUUCACCCGAAAGGCACAAGGGCCGUAUCGAAUGGUAUUGAAACGAACGGCGAAGGGUCAGUUGAAGUUUUAUGGAGAGUGGUUAUUGUUGGAGGCAGUGAUCACGACGGACGGUAG